AUUUACAAGUGCCAAACAUAAGUCUCAAGUAUUCUUAGGAAAGAUAUUCAUAUGGUCUGGACUUGGGAUUUCUAAAGCACUGUCUAGAGAUUGAAACCUGAUGUUAUGGCACCCUCAUGUUCUGACUACGGUAGGAAAUGUGCUGGCAGAUAAUACCUAUAUGAUUGUCUCAUACUAUGAUCAUCUACAUUAUUGCAAAGAAGGCCAAAUAAUUGGGACUCUGGAAGUCGUAUCCUUUGUAGGGACUUAAACUUGGAAGUUUGUAUAGCAGUCGCUCUCAGUUGUGUGUUAAAGAUGGCAUUUACUUCAUUAAACCCCACCCCAAAGGAUUUGUGAUUGGGCAGAUGCUGAUAAUUCUUUAGCAAGUGGGUAGAUAAUAUAACUUUGUAGUGUAAUUUUAACUGGACCAUGGAAAUAUAUGAUCUUCACAUUACCAUAAAUUGCAAGACUCGAAAGUCUUUUUAGCUACAAUAUUCUUCUCUAUUGUGCAAAUUUUGCCUAAUGGGUGUCUGCCCGUUCUUAUCCAUGUUAUCGGCCAUUCUUUUCUUUUCCCUGGUGCCCAUCUUCUGGUAUCCAAAUCUCGUUGAUUCAUCACAGGAUAAUCUUAGCAAUAAACCUGUAAUUAAUGUGACAAAACAUCUCUCCUUUCAUGAUUUCAGCUCAAACAAUCCAAGAACCGGCCAAGAUGUUUCACUUUUAGGAAGUGCUGCAAUUUCAAGUGAAAAGGGCUUUAUCCAAAUACCUGAUCCAAAAGUUGAAACUGAUCUUAAGCAUCUAGCGGGAAGGGCCAUCUACUCUUCACCUCUUCGCCUUUUCGAUCCGGUCAGUCGAACUCCGGCCUCAUUCGAAACUACCUUCUCCUUCCAGUUCCAAAGUCCUUCAAACAUUUCCAACUCAAAUCCCUUGAGGGGCUCUAAUUUGAGCGUCCCGGAUGGUGGCAGUGGCCUUACGUUUAUUAUAGUUCCUGACGAGUUCACAGUGGGACGGCCUGGUGCAUGGCUUGGUAUGCUCAACGAUGUAUGCGACGAGGAGUACAAAGCCGUGGGUGUUGAAUUCGACGCUCGUCAGAACCCAGAGUUCGGGGACCUGAACGACAACCAUGUCGGAAUCAAUUUGGGAAGCAUAGUUUCGACCACGGUCAUCAGUAUGUCAGACGUGGGAAUUUAUCUCAAAGAUGGCUUAGUACACAGAGCUUGGAUAUCUUACGAUGGAUGGAAGAAAUAUAUUGACAUCUACCUCGGACAAGAUAGCAAUGAACCUCCUUCUAAACCUGUCUACUCGGGUAAUCUUGAUCUCUCACCUUAUUUGAACGAAUAUAUGUUCAUUGGAUUCUCAGCUUCGACUGGAAAUCACACACAAAUUCACAACAUUUUGUCCUGGAAUUUCACUUCUAUAAGUCAAGCCAAUCUACGAGUUCCUUCUCCAGAAACAUGCGAAAGUAAAAUCAGAGUUCAAAACAGUGAAAAUCUUGAAGCUUCCCACAAGAAAACCCCCACUAGUUUCUUGAUUUUCAUAGCUGUAGUUAUACUUUCUUUGAUUAUUUUGAUUAAUCUGUACUUCAAUGGGAAACGAAAAGAGAGGAAUAAAGACGAAAUUAUGGUGCUUGCUGAAAAAAAGCAGCGUCCAAGGCCGCCAAACAAGCCCCGAAAAUUCACGAUUUCAGAAAUUUCUUCUGCUACAAGAUGUUUUGGUGAGUUACAGAUUCUGGGUAGUGAUAAUAGGAGUGUAACAUAUAAAGCCACUAUGUUGACCGGUUGCAACACAGCGGUGAAGAGAUUUUCCGGCCAGUUUUUCACUUCACGUGGAUUGGAUAAACGACGAAUGCAUAAAGAAAUCAAAGCCAUUAGUAAAAUUCGCCACCCGAAUUUGGUUCCAAUCAGAGGGUGGUGCUUUGAUCAUCAAGAAACUAUAGUUGUGUAUGAUUAUAUUCAGAACGGAAGUCUUGACAAGUGGUUAUUCGGUGUCGGAGUUUUGCCUUGGACUCGUCGGUUCAGGGUGGUUAAAGAUGUGGCUGAGUCAUUGAGUUAUCUUCAUUCCAAGGAAUUGGCUCAUAAGAAUGUGAAAACAAGCAGUGUCUUUCUUGACGUAAGUUUCAGAGCUAUGCUUGGUGAUUUCGGGCUUCUUUUACCGUCGAUUGAGUCAACUCGGUUUGAGGCAUUAGUGAGUCAGAAAGUGGAUAUUUUCGAGUUCGGCGUGUUUAUACUUGAAGUUUUAUCGGGUCGGAGUAGGAUUUCAAAACCGGGUGAGAUGGACUUGUUAGACUUGGCAUGGGCCUUGCACGAGGGAGAUGAGAAAGUGAAGUUGGUGGAUAGGAAUAUGGGUUUGGUCGUCAAUCCAGAUCAGGCUAUUCGGGUUUUGGAAGUCGGGUUGUUGUGUACCUUGAAUGACAACAAAGGGAGGCCUAGAAUGGAACAAGUGGUUGAGUAUUUGAAUGUUGAGAAACCGAUUCCCGAGUUGCCACGGAGUCGACCCGUUUCUUUGUUCCCCUACAGCAGCACCACAGUAUUAUGUAGUGGGUACUCUUGUGCUCCAUUCAAAUAAUUCCAAGUGUAUGAUUCACAUGAAAUGGACAAAAUUUGGUUAAUAAUUUAAUGAAACCAUCCAUUCAAUUAUUUUUGUCCUAACAUAGGCUGGCAGAUAAUUGUAAUGUCAUUAUCAGUUGAUAAAAUUGUGUCAAUGAUUGAAAAUUCCAAUUCCA